AUGUCAUCACGAAAUACGUCCCCUAAACCUCAAAAUACCGAAUCUUCAAAUGAUGUGCAUAUAAAAAGAGAACUUCACAAUGACUCACUUGGACUAUCAAAUGGAAUUAAAGAGGAAAAUUUCACACUGAAGCAGCUUCCCUAUUUUCAACCAGAUAACUUCGAGUCGAUUAAAUCAUGCAUACAUUUGGAUCAAGUCUUGGACUCACGCGCAAAAAACACAGUAUUCGACACAUAUCGACAAGCAGUAAUGAUAUCCCAGCCCAUAGAUGAAUCACUAAUAUACAAGUCCAAAAAGGAUGGUAAAGUAAUCAGUCAAGAUGAAAUUCUUGCCAAAAAAUUAUCGAGUUUGAAAUGUACCAAUUGUGAAGUAUCUGACUUUGAUCAAGUUAUGAUAUGUUUACAGUGCCCCAAUGUUGGAUGCGCAGAGCAUUCACAAUUGCAUUAUAAAGGCACUCUGCAUAUGUUUGCCAUUGACCUGAGUUUGGGUUUGUUGUAUUGCUUUAAAUGUAAUGAGUACAUCAAUCAUCCGGAGCUAGAAAAGUUGAGACUAGAGGUAAUGGGGAUUGCCGAUGUUGCUAUUGAUAACCAAGAGGCUAUAAAUGCAAAUUACACAAGCCCCAACAAACUUGCCGCUCAAGGUCUCAAAGGGUUUGUAAAUUUGGGAGCGACAUGUUUCAUGAGUUCCACCUUGCAAACCCUUGUACAUAAUCCAAUCAUCAAAAGUCAGUUCUUCAACAACGACUUACAUUAUUUCAAUUGCAAAUAUCUUCAUGAUCAGGAUGUGAAUGGCAAUAUUGGUGAACAAAAUGCAUGUAUAACAUGCAGUAUCGACUUGAUUUUCAAAGAACUAUUUACGCUGAAAUCGAAUGAAGGUUUUGGAAUAACCAACUUAUUGACAACUGCAUGGUACAAACAAAAGUCCUUGGCUGGAUUCCAAGAGCAAGAUGCUCAUGAGUUUUGGCAAUUUGUCUUGAAUGAAUUCCAUCAAGAUCACAUGAGGAUCCAAACACAAUUGGAUGCCAUACCAAAAGAAGAAACAUGUACAUGUAUAACCCAUUCCACAUUUUCAUUUGAGUUGCAAAGUUGUGUUAAGUGCAAGUCAUGCGAAGCUGUCACUGAAACUGUUGAUCCAAUGAUUGAUUUAUCGUUGGAAAUCAACCAUCUAAAAAAGCAACAAAAUGUCGAUUUAUACGACUGCUUAGAUUUAUUUACCCUGGAAGAGAAACUAGAUGCCAUGAUAUCCUGCAAGCAAUGCUCUACGAGGUCGCAAGCUACAAAGACUUUAAAAUUGAAGAGUAUACCACCAGUGUUGUCAAUUCAACUAAAAAGAUUCAACCACAACAUAUUGAAUGAUACUUCAUCAAAAGUGGAAACUCCAGUCAAGGUACCACUUUAUUUGAAUAUUGCGCCAUAUAGCGUAAAUCAAGGUUCCGCAAAAGAUAUUGUGUAUGAGCUAUUUUCGGUCAUUUGUCAUAUUGGUUCGGUAAACACAGGUCAUUACGUUGUAUUCACUAAGAAUGCUCUGGGACAAUGGCUCAAAUUCGAUGAUAGUGUUGUUUCCAUUGUUGAGCAGAAAGAGGUGGUUAAUUCCAAUGCAUAUUUGUUAUAUUAUAUAAUUCACAAUAUAUAA